AUGCCUCUCCUGGCCUCUCCUCCCCUCUUCCUCCUCUUCCUCCUCCUCGUCGUGCCGCUGCCUCCCUGCCAGCCGGAGUCCCAGCGCAGCGAGCCGAGCGCCGAGCCCGACCCGAGGACGGCGCUGCCCUCGUCCCUGCCCUCCGCCUUCCCGCCCUCCUCGUCCUACAGCAACAGCACGGCGCCCGGCACCAGGGACAAGUGCAACGAGGAGACGAUCUGCAUGCCCGGCAUCCUGCUGCCCGUCUGGAAGCCCGACAAGCCCGGACUGGGAUACCAGGUGGCCCGGGCCGUGGUCUACUUCGUGUCGCUCAUGUACAUGUUCCUGGGAGUGUCCAUCAUCGCAGACCGCUUCAUGGCAUCCAUCGAGGUCAUCACGUCGCAGGAGAAGGAGGUGACCAUCACCAUGCCCAACGGAGAAACGUCGGUGGCGACGGUCCGGAUCUGGAACGAGACGGUGUCCAACCUGACGCUCAUGGCUCUGGGCUCCAGCGCUCCGGAGAUCCUGCUGUCCGUCAUAGAGGUGUGCGGUCAUAACUUCGCGGCGGGUCAGCUCGGACCAGGAACCAUCGUUGGCAGCGCCGCCUUCAACAUGUUUGUGAUCAUCGGCAUCUGUGUGUGGACGAUCCCCAACGGAGAGACCCGCAAGAUCAAGCACCUGCGGGUGUUCUUCAUCACCGCCUUCUGGAGCAUCUUCGCCUACAUCUGGCUCUACCUCAUCCUGUCCGUCAUGUCGCCGGGCGUCGUGGAGGUGUGGGAGGCCCUGGUGACUCUGCUCUACUUCCCCGUCUGCGUCAUCCUGGCCUGGAUCGCCGACCGCCGCCUGCUCUUCUACAAGUACAUGGGCAAGCGUUACCGCGCCGACAAGCGCCAUGGUAUCGUCGUGGAGACCGAGGGGGACCUGACGCCCAACAAGGGCGGCAUGGAGAUGAUCAUCGACGGCAAGCUGCCGCCGCGAGGGGGCGCCGUGGUUCCCGCCGAGAACUGCGGAGGCGGGGCUCAGGACGGCAUGGCGGGCGCCGCCACCAACAACGUCGGCGCGGCGGCGGGAGCCAUGGCAACGGGAAUCGGGGGCAACCUGCCCAACUCCAACAGCACGAUGGUGAACGUGGACAACAGCAAGGAGCUGGACGAGAGCCGCAAAGAGGUGAUUCGGAUCCUGAAGGAGCUGAAGCAGAAGUAUCCGGACAAGGAGCUGGACCAGCUGGUGGAGCUGGCCAACUACUACGCACUGCUGCACCAGCAGAAGAGCAGAGCCUUCUACCGCAUACAGGCGACCCGGAUGAUGAUCGGAGCGGGGAACGUCCUGAAGAAGCACGCCGCCGACCACGCCCGCCGGACGGCCGUCACCGACGAGGAGGCGCCGGAGGACGAGGACGACCUGGCCAUCUGCAGCCGCAUCUCCUUCGAGAGCGCCCACAGCCAGUGCAUGGAGAACUGUGGAGUCCUGACGCUGGCCGUGGUCUGCCAAGGCGGUCUGGGAGAGAACACGUUCUACGUGGACUACAGAACGGAAGACGGUUCCGCCAACGCCGGGUCCGACUACGAGUACAGCGAAGGAACGCUGGUGUUCAAACCCGGAGAGACUCGCAGAGAGAUCAAGGUGGGAAUCAUCGACGACGACAUAUUCGAGGAGGACGAGCACUUCUUCGUCCGCCUCCUGAACCUCCGUGUCGGCGACGCUGAGGGGAUGUUCGAGAGCGACGAGGUCGGCGCCACCCCCAAGGCCCGCCUGAUGGAGCCGCUGGUCGCCACGGUGACCAUCCUGGACGACGACCACGCCGGCAUCUUCACGUUCAGCGAGCGCAUGGUGAGGGUGAGCGAGAGCGUCGGCACCAUGGAGGUGAUGGUGGUGCGCAACUCGGGCGCCCGCGGCACCGUCAUCCUGCCGUACCACACCGAGUCGGGCACCGCCAAGGCCGGGGACGACUACGAGGACGCCAGGGGGGAGCUGGAGUUCACCAACGACCAGACCACUCAGACUCUGCAGAUCCGGAUCAUCGACGACGAAGAGUACGAAAAACACGAAAACUUCUUCGUCGUGUUGGAGGAGCCCCGCUGGCUGAAGAGAGGGAUCUCAGCUCUGCUGCUCAACCAAGAGGGGACCGAGGGGCAGAUGAGCGCUGAGGAGGAGGAGGCCCGGAGGAUAGCCGAGAUGGGGAAGCCCAUCCUGGGGGAGCACAGCCGGCUGGAGGUGGUCAUCGAGGAGUCGUACGAGUUCAAGAGCACCGUUGACAAGCUCAUUAAGAAGACCAACCUGGCGCUGGUUAUCGGGACGCACUCCUGGAGGGAGCAGUUUGUGGAGGCGGUUACUGUCAGCGCAGGCGACGGCGACGACGACGAGGAGGGCCGCGAGGAGCGUCUUCCGUCCUGCUACGACUACGUCAUGCACUUCCUCACCGUGUUCUGGAAGGUUCUGUUCGCCUGCGUCCCGCCCACCGAGUACUGGAACGGCUGGGCCUGCUUCUUCGUGUCCAUCAGCGUCAUCGGCCUGCUCACCGCCGUCAUCGGGGAUCUGGCGUCGCACUUCGGCUGCACCGUGGGCCUGCGGGACACGGUGACGGCCGUCGUGUUCGUGGCUCUGGGAACCUCCAUCCCAGACACGUUUGCCAGUAAAGUCGCCGCCAUGCAGGACCAACACGCCGACGCGUCCGUCGGAAACGUCACCGGCAGCAACGCCGUCAACGUGUUCCUGGGCAUCGGCGUGGCCUGGUCGGUGGCAGCCGUCUACUGGAGGGUCAAAGGGAAGGAGUUCAAGGUGGAUCCGGGCUCGCUGGCCUUCUCCGUCACGCUCUUCACCAUCUUCGCUUUCAUCUGCAUGGCCGUGCUGCUGUUCAGGCGCCGGCCCUCCAUCGGCGGAGAGCUCGGCGGCCCCAGAGUGUCCCGGCUGCUCACCACCCUGCUGUUCCUGGGCCUGUGGUUCCUCUACAUCCUGUUCUCCAGCCUGGAGGCCUACUGCCACAUCAACGGCUUUUAAACAGGAGAGGAAGAAGACUGCACAGCGACACACACAUUUAUACUUUAACCUUCAGCUCAUACACAUGAAACAACAUGAAACAGAUCCACCUGUCGGCCGGGCUCCUGCAGCUGGAGGCUCCUGGUCCGAGAGCAGGGACGCUACAACACACACACACAUGUUCACACACACACAUGUUCACACAGACACACACACACACACACUAUAUGUAGGCAUGUGUAAACAGAUCAUCACAAACAGAGGUAGUGGAAUCCAGAAGGUGAGAGGAAGUGUUAGCGAGAGGAGAGGUGAGAAUCCAGAAGGUUACAGCAGGUGAGCAGAGAGGAAGCCGAGGCGGAAGGUAGAAGCUCAGCUGGUGGAUCAGGAUCAGAAACCUGAGCAGACGUUCUCCAUCUACAACAGAACCUCCCCUCCAAACUCCACGUUUGUUCAGUGCGGAGGCGGAGCACUGUGUGAAAACAGGAGUGGAAUGUUUACAAUAACGACAACAUUGUGUUUGUUUACUCCAGGAGGUUCUUCUAUCGAGGUGAUGCUCGUUUAAUACGCUGAUAGAGGAAGGCGGUUCUCCACACGCGCUGUAAAUAGUCCGACCAGUGUACAUACAGAGAGCAGCCAUCCUGCAGGCUGACAGGGAUGCUGAUGAAGAACGAGUGGCUGUGACCCAGCAGCAGCUUCUGCUUCGUAGAAUUCAUGCACAGAUACAAACGUCAGACGGAGGUUUGGUUUGUGCUGAACAGAAGCAGUGAAACCAGAGCAUCCAGUCAGACGGAGGUUUGAGUUUCAGACUGAAGGUUCUUUUUUGCAUGUAUAGCAGAUACGGAGCAUCCUCACGUUGUGCGUCUCACACUAUAUGCUAUGUUAAAGGGAAUGAGCAGAAGCACCUGUAAAUGACAUCCAUGUGAACAGAAACCGGUCUGACAGGAACCUAAAGGACGUUCUUCCCCGUCAGAGCCGUCGCACUCAGUCAGACACCGAGGUCACCAGAGUGUAGUCGUAUCAGACGGAUCAUUACCGCGGCAUGUUCCCGACACACUCGUCCUCCACCGUUAGCAGCAGCAGCAGCAGUGUUCUCGUGAACACUUCAGCACGAUUCAAACAUUCAGCAUUUAUGAGGAAACAAACUCCUGAUGUGAUUCGGCUGCAGGACGCUCGUCUCCAGCUUUAUGACAACAAACAGAGAAUGCCUUAAAGAAAACGCUCCAGUAAAACUCUAGUAUUGAAGCUUCCAGCUGUACAAACUGCCCAGGCUGCACUGUGUUCCUGUUCCUCAGACAUGGUGUCGUGUUCUUGUUGUCGUUAGCGUGCAACACGUGAGGGGAGAAGUGUGUGAAGUUUAACACGGGAUGGCUGCGGUUCAUCCACGUCUCUGCUCGGAGCACAAAACAAGCAGCAGGCGAGUCCUAGCGGAACUAAAUAAGGUCUAUCAUCUCAUUGUGCUGCACUGAUCCUAGAGUCGGAGCUCCGCAGCAGGCUGGUUUCAGCGGAAACACGUCGCUCAGUAUUUGCAUGACAGACUUGGAACUAAAGUUCACAAGCGACUAAAGCUAUCAGCUGCUAAAUCCAGUAGAAAACCUGACAUGAGCUCCGGCAUCCUGACGUUUCAGC